AUGGAUCCAUUAGCUGAGUCUGUUACUAGGAGUAUUAAGAACCUGAAAGAAAAGAAUGAUUUUCUUCUGCAGCAGCGAGAUCAUUACCUAGAUGUAAGACAGCGCAUGUUGAAUUUGCGCGGCUCCAAAGACGAUGAAGAGUCUGGUACAGGACUGGUGCUUGGUGACAUUAUAAUAUCCUCUCAAAAAGUUUACACGAACCUGGGGUACGAGUAUUUUAUUGAGAAAGAUGUGACGGAAGUUCUUGAAUACGCCGAUGAAAAGUUAGGACUGAUAGAAGAAGCUAUUGAACAGUUUGAGUUUAAGAUUAAAGAUGGUGAAAAAACAUUGAAAGACUUACAAAAUUGGGGAGAUCAAGAUGCCUUGUCUCAUGAUGGAGAGGAUGAACUACCCUCUAUGGAAAUCAGAGAAGAAUUAGACGAAGAUGGGAAUGUAAUCAAUAGUAGUGUUACUCCAACGUCGGCAGAGAGGCUCAAGGAGAGUUUAAAGUCAUCAAAGAAAAAGGAAGAGCCGGAGAAUGGGACUUUAGAUCAAGUUCGAAAAAAUCUUAAAGGAAAGUUAGCGAAGCAAGAGAAGCGCCCAAGUGACGACGAUAGUCAGACUAAGGAAACUAGUUAUAAUCCUGUGGACAUGGAAAAUGCCUACACGUUUGCUGACCUGGUACGACAAAUGGACGAACAAGAUGAAGCUGACGAUGAAGGAGAUAUUGCAGAGGUUGAAUACGAUUUUGAGUCAUUUGAUGAGAAGCUGAAUUCAACAGCUCAAGAGGAAGAUGAGGACGAGAAUGACGAUGACGAUGACGAUGACGAGGGGCAUUAUUCAGUAUUUCCUAACAUGGCAAGUCACAAUGCAUUCAUGGAUCAAAUCAAGCGGUUACGUGAAGGUAAGGGCAGGGAGAAGCCAAUUGAGACUAGUUUUUCUAACACUGUUGGCAAGUCAACGGGUGCACCAAAGAAAUCUAUCUUAAAGAAGAAGACAGAUGUCAAGAGUGAAAGACCCAAGAAAAGUGUCGGUUUUGCCUCCACGUUGGAUAUUCAUGAAGUAGAGAAUUUGAAACAUGAGAAUCAGGUAAACACACAUAUGUUUCCAAGAUCUUUCAUGCAACCUUUGGAGCAUGGUGAUGAAGGCGAGAACGUGGAGUUUGACAGUGAUUUGUUCGCUCAAUUGAUCGGUGCUCAAGGACCUGAUGAAAUUCAUGAUAAAUACAAGGAUGAAGUUGCGAAGCAACAGAAGCCAGAAGAGGCAGAGACAAAUGGGAGGAAGAAAAGAGUGUCAAGGUUCAAAAAGGAGAGGAAGGCACGCGAUGAUGAAUCUGCGCAGGACGUGAGAAGUCCAAAUGAAUUGGCAACGAACUCAGUCAUCACAGAGAAUGUUAUAGAAAGGGAAGAAUCGUUUGACAAUAGUGCAAGUGACAGCGGCAUCGCUAUGACUGACACAAUUACUGAAAACAGCUUUGAUGAUAUUAUUGAAGCGCCAUUGAACGAAGAUGUAGCAGAACGAGAAGUUCCAAUGAGCGAGGUGAAAGACCGUGAACAUUCGACUACAAAUGAAGUUGCAAAGGAGUUGCCUGGAUUGAUUGUAGAAAGAGAAUUGGACGAAUUACCGGACAGCACAGAAGCGCCAUCUGCCAGGCUAGCUCCUCUCUCAAAAGAAAUGAACUCUUUAAGGCGUCCAAACAUAUCGCAAGGCGCCAAACCCUCAAAGCUGCAGGAGUUAUUGGAUAGCUCAGAAGAUGAAUCAGAUGAUAACAAACCAAAGGCAAAAGAGCAAAUCUCUGACUCUUUCCCAAAGGAAAUAAUUGAUAAGGCGGAAAAAGAGAGUGUAUUACAACGUCCCAAGGUGGACUACAACGCUCUCGGAGAGGAUUUAGAUAAUAUGGCUAGAGCAUAUGCAUUAGGGGUUUACGAUGACGAUCUUGAUGAUGAUCCGGGGAUGGUGCUAGAAAAGGUUACUGACUUCAAGGUUUAUAACGAACAGGUUGAAAAACUCAAGAAUGAAAUUGAAGCAUUCAAGAUUUCCAAUCCCUUGGAGCAACAAACUGAGCAUAAAACAGACUCCGACGAAGAUGGACCCUUAAUGACAGAUGUUACUGAGAAUGAUAUACCUGAAAAUUAUUGCAAAACAAAUCCACAGGACGACUUGGCGUUGGAUUCAGAGAGAUUGCAUGAAUCCAUCGCUAUCGAGUACAGCCGCCUUCGUGAAGUGAUAGCAUCUCGGGCGAAACCGCCUAGUCGCAGUCCCGACGAUGACGAGCACAAGCAAAUUGAACCUAUUGAUGAAGAUGGUCAACCGAUUAAACAGAGCAGAUUCAGAUCUCAAAGGUUUAAAUUGACCAAAUGA